AUGAAUAUUACGGAACCAGGCCCUUUCAAAGGCUUGAACGAACAUCCGUUGUACAAGCAGUUUAGAGACAUGUCAUACGUGGAACUGUUUUUCUUCUGGAGAACACAAUUGGAUCACUACUCAAACUACCGAAUUCUUGUAGAAUACAAUGAAGAAUUGACCACAGAAAAGGUUUAUCAUGCGUUGACUCGGAUGAUGUACAAGUACAGCGCCUUGACUAUGGACCUAAUGCCCUCUAGUACCAGCAAGUUUGGCCAUCAGUUUGUUGUCGUUGACGAGGUCAGAUUAAGUGAUGUGGUGGAGUUUAUCCAGGAUGACAAGCUUGCGAAUGUUGAGGGAAUUCUGGAGAAGUACCACAAGGAAAGUUUACGCUACGGUAAAAACAAGCCAUUGUGGAGACUGAAAGUCAUCAAUGGCAAAUACGCCUUGUUUUUUUGCAACCAUAUUCUCUACGAUGGUACAUCCGGUAAAAACUUCCACAUCGAGUUGUCCAAAGAAAUUGCUAACGGGAUCCCAAAAAUAAUUUCUGGCUCGUUUACCGGAUUGGAUUCCAUAGUUUUCGAAAAAUCAAUGGUGGAAUUUGACCAGUACCAGCUGCCUCCCUCUCCUGUUGAUAUAAUCGACUAUAACAAACCUUACAGUGGUUUACUCUACAUUGUUUUGGCAGCAUUGCUUCCCACAAAACUCUCAAAUCUCAUCAAACGUUGGUUCAGUGGCAACCCAUAUACUAGCAUCCUUGCCUUUGAUGAAGUGGAGUAUAAGUCUUUUCGGUCAAAUCCAAAAAAUACGUCUUCUUCCAGAGUCAUCAACUUGGAUUCUUUUCAACUGAAUUCACUCAUCAAAACGGCUAGGCUGCAUAACGUAAAACUAACUUCGCUGAUCACGGUAUUAGCCCACAUAAGCAUGGGUAAAUUCAUUGCUUCUUCUGGCAAAGAUACGGUGACUUCAAUUCCUAUAAAUAUCAGAGGAUCUAUCAAAAUGGAAAAGGCUAACAAGUUGUGUAAUAACUUCUCACCAUUGUUUGGUCUUUACAUGGGUGCAAUCCGCUUACAGCUACCUUCGAUCAAUAAGCUUUGCCCGGAUGGCCAAAUCAAUUGGUCAUUGGCCACCUUUGUGAACAAAUACAUACAUGAAAACAUAUCAACGUCACGCCUUCUUUUGGGAGUACUGAAAUUCAUCAAUAUCAAGCGCUUUAUUGUCAAAGAGCACGAGGAAGAGAAAAAGGCGACUUUUGAACUGUCAAAUCUAGGUCAGAUCGGAGCAGAACAUAAGAACAUCAUUGGCGCCUGGUUUGAUCAACCUGGGUGUCUGUUCAGUGCUAACAUGAUAAGUUGCGGCAGCGGAGGUACUAUUGUCCUACGUUGCUGCAACGAAGAAUGGGUAGAUGAAUUCAGAAACCGGUUGGAGAAAAACAUUCUUUCUCUUUUACCUGACGAAGAGCUGUAA